AUGCCCACAGCUGAAUCCAGCGAGUCGCUCUCGGCUGCCUACGCUCAAAACUACGACCAUGCCUACUCGAGCCCGCAGUACAACCAGCAGCAGCACUACAAUCAUCCCACUCAAAACCACGACUCGCAUCUUCAUCAUCACAACUCCACCUCCUCCUCAAACUCUACCGCUCCUGCCUCUUCCUCGGCCUCGGGAUCCCACCCCGGCCUGUCUCGGGCAGGCGGCAGCGUAGGCUCUUCGGGCUCCCAGUCAUACUACUCUUCCACAACAACAAUCCCGCAACAGGCUGGAAACACCUACAUGCAGCAUUACAACAACUAUCACCCGCAGCAACACUAUCCUUCCCCUCCCACCGGUCCAUAUCGUCCUCCUCGUCAUAUCAGCAGCAACUAUCCAGAGCAGUCCCAGUCUGCUGCUUUGAAUCCUGCUAGAGCUGCUGCUGCCGGUCAUCUCGCUCCAGCCCCUCCCAUCUCAUCCAACAUGUACGCACAGUCCAACAUCUCCAUGCCCGCCCUCGGUCCCGUCGCCACCGAUUCUUCGUCCAGAGCGCCUCCGCUCGCAGACGACUUUGGCGACUCGUUCGCCAACAUGAACCUCUACGGCACACCCAAGCUCGGCCCACAGCGCUCAAAGUCGCCCGCCUACCAGACUACGCCAGGAGGCUCUAGCAACGACACUGCGUCAACAAAGGGCGUACCCAGCGCCGCGUCCGUUCGAGCCAAUGCCAUGUUUGCCAACCAGGAGAUCCAUCAGUCUGCGUCAGAAGUGCAGCCCGAAAACUCGCUAGCUGCCAUCGCGGACCAAGUCGAUCAGGCUGCGGCCGACCUUGAUCCCAACGUUGCCGGUGUCUCGGCGAUGGCGCCUUCACAGAACGAUCACUCGAGCAGCCACCAUACCAUGGGCAGCAGCGCUUACCAUGCAACUCAAGCCGCAAGCGCAGCACACCCUGACUGGAACCCACAACAUGGCGCUGUCAAUCCAAAUUCGAACGAGCCAACCUACGCCGGUCAGUAUGCAUCGGGCGCUCGACAGCAUUCGGCUCCCGGCGAGUAUCCAGGUGGACAGUAUGUGGCCAGCUCGACGGAUGGUCAUGGUGCCGGCGCUGCCGACGGUGGUCAGAUGGCAUGGGAUCCAAGCGCCGCAGCUGCUGCAGGCUACUACGCUACCAACGGAGGCGCGCAGGGCGUCGGGCAGCCCUACCAUGCAUUUCAGCCACAAGCGCUCCACUCUGCAGGCUACCCUUUCUCUGCUCAGGGCGGUCACGCAGCCUAUCCAGGCGCGGGCACACCUUCGGGCUACGAGUCGAAUCCUUACUUUGCUGCUGCUUCUGGCUACCUCGGCUUUCCCGAAGGCGCCGCUCCCGGUUUCCCUCCCGGUUCCGCCGAUCCCUAUGGUGCUGCUGCGGGUAACGGUACGCCUGGUAUGAUGGGCAUGGCUGCUCCCGGUGGCGUUCGACCCAACAUGCUCUCGCGCCAGGGAACCCAGCUCUCAAUGAUGUCGACCAACUCGAACUCAUUCGCAGGCAUGGCUUCCACCAACCCACGUCGCAAAUCCAAAGAUGCGGCUCCUCAACAGACGCUGCCCUUCAACAAGUCGUUCGUCACCGAAUACCGACAGCGCAUGAAGGGCGACCCCGACCCGGAAGCACAAUUCGCCUAUGCAAAGUACCUCAUCGAGGCGGCCAAAAAGGUGCACGAUCCAUCCGACGGCCCCAAGCAGCAACGCAAGUACCGCGAUACGCUGCUCUCGGAGAGUCUCAAGCUCAUCAAACGUCUCGCUACCACAGGUAUGGGGCUGGGCAAGCCUCCGUACGCCGAAGCGCAGUUCUUCCUCGCCAACUGCUUCGGCAACGGCAGCCUAGGUCUGCAGGUAGACCACGAAAAGGCGUACAACCUGUACGUGCAAGCGUCCAAGCAGAACCAUCCCGCCGCCACCUACCGCACCGCCGUGUGCAACGAGGUCGGCGCCGGAACGCGACGCGAUCACCACCGAGCGGUGCUCUUCUACCGCAAAGCAUCCGCGCUGGGCGACACCGCGGGCAUGUACAAGCUCGGCAUGGUUCUGCUCAACGGAAUGCUGGGUCAGCCACGCAACGUGCGCGAGGCCAUCGUCUGGCUCAAACGCGCUGCAGCGCAGGCGGACGAAGACAACCCGCAUGCGCUCCACGAGCUCGGCCUGCUGCACGAAAAGGCGACCAACGGCGUCGUGCUGCACGACGAGGCGUACGCGCGCGAGCUGUUCACCCAAGCUGCGCAGCUCGGCUACUCUCCGUCGCAGUUCAAGCUCGGUUCUGCGUACGAGUACGGCAACCUGACGUGUCCCGUCGAUCCACGCCGGAGUAUCGCGUGGUACACCAAAGCGGCGCAGCGCGGCGACGGCGAGUCCGAACUCGCGCUCUCCGGCUGGUACCUGACCGGAUCAGAGGGCGUGUUGAAGCAAAGCGAUAGCGAGGCGUACCUCUGGGCGAGGAGGGCUGCUAGCAAGGGGAUCCCCAAGGCGGAGUAUGCGGUGGGGUACUAUUCCGAAGUGGGCAUUGGGGUGGCGGCGAACCUGGAUGAGGCCAAGAGGUGGUACAUGCGCGCAGCGGCUCAGGGGAACAAGCGCGCGAUGCAGAGGUUGACGGAACUCAAAAAGAUGAAGGGAGGGAUGGGGAAGAAGGGCGCUAGACCGACGAGAAAGGAUGCCGAGAAGGAGUGUGUCGUUAUGUAA